CCAGUUCUCCGUUCCACCAAGAGAGAGAGGGAGAGAUUUAAUUGUACAACAAGAAGAAAGGCAGAGAUUAGAAGACCCUUUUUGUGUAAUUAGUGAUUGGAUACGAGAGGGAAGAGGAUGGUGGGUAUCUUCUCACGAUUUUCUGGGAGAACUGGGCUCAGACGGACUCAAAGUACACUUGAUGAGAGGCAAAGGGCUCCACCACUGAAUUCCGAGGCCACUCGUCCUACUACUACUGCUGCUGCUGCAGCUACCUCUCAUGGAAUUGGAGUGGCUGUAGAGUUUAAGCCAGUUGAACACCCAAUUGAGCCUCUGGACAAUGAUCGGCCAGUGAAAUGCCCCUUACCAGAACCUUCCAUUCUCAAUGAUUCGAGAAUAUGGAAGGAACAAAUGCCAGCAAAUACACGAAGGAGGGCUGACUUGCCAGUUAUGAAGGAAGGGACGAGCCUUGAAUCUGAUGCAUCCAAUCGCAUGAUUUUACCUUCCCUUAGUGCACCAGAGCACAAUAUCAUCAAUCUGCUGGAAGAAUGUAAUACAUCUGUGGUCUAAAAUGACUGUUAUUGGCUGGUCAUUCUCGAGAUUUGUCUUCACUAUCCUCUUAUUAUUAAGUGCUUCCAUGUAUUUUUUUCUUU